AUGAAUUCGAACAGUUUCUCACCAUCGAAACAGCAAAACCAGCUAAAUUUGCAACAAUCGCUUUCGAAUAUUCAGACUCAAUGCUCCGAUUUACUCAAGAACGUUUCGAAAACCCUUAAUCCUCUCUUUAACCACAACAAGAACAACUCUUCUUCUGCUGAGCAACCCAACGUCUUCUCUGCUCUCGAUUGUCUGCGAGAGGAAGCUAAGAAAGCCCUUGAUUCCGGAAUCUCUCGCUUCAGUUCGGUUUACCGCUCUGGAAACGCACCCGUCUGGGCUAGAAUCUCUGACGCCGGCGUGAAGACUCAGGUGACGACGGCUCCGCUUCGUAAAACCGGAAACAGCGGCGGGGGAUUAUCCGCCGAUGUUAUCGAGGAGAGAUUGGCGGGAGUUCCUGUUUACGCACUGUGCAAUUCGAAUGAGGAAUUUGUGUUGGUUUCAGGGAAUUCCACUGGGAAAUCUCUGGGUUUUUUGUUCUGUAAAGAGGAAGAUGCAGAGUCGCUUCUUAAACAGAUGAAGAUUAUGGAUCCUCGUAUGAGGAAAGAAGGUUCGAAAGUUGUAACUCUUGCUCUUAGUAAGGAAAGGAAAACAGCUGGUUUUGAUGAUGAAGACUUCAAUGGUGUUCCAGUUUUCCAGUCAAAGAGCUUGAUUCUACGAAGUGAAAACAAGAGUUAUCGGCCUGUUUUCUUCAGAAAGGAGGACUUGGAAAAAUCCCUAAUACGAGCUUCACGCCAACAGAACCGACUUAACCCUUCUCUGAAGCCAGGCGAUAUUCAGGUUGCAGUUUUUGAAGAAAUUGUCAAGGGGAUGAAGGAAAGCACAACGUCAAACUGGGACGACAUUGUGUUUAUACCACCUGGUUUGGAGGUUUCAACUGAGCAAACGCAGGAGUAG